CGAUACAUAGCCGCUUUCAUUGCCAAGCUACAUUCUUAUAUGAGAACUACUCUUAGUUCACAUCAACAGUCCUUUCUAACUGUUGUGCUGUCCCGGGCCGGGCGUUGGCCCGGGAAUCGAAUACCUUUUGCAUAUUUGCUUAAGGGUGAUUAAACCCAAUGGCUGAAACAUCGGGAAAGGGCGGGAAGAGCUACGAGAGCAGCCUUCCCGGGCUUCGCGGUGUGGCUGCUGGGGAUAAGGACCAAGAGCAUGCUCUUGUGACGCGGGAAGGUCCGACGAAAGGGGACGCAGAGAUAGACCAGUUGUACGCAGAAGCUGAAGACAAGCGCUUAUCAAAGACCUCCUUGCUGCACGACGUCCUCAACGUUAGCAAUGUCCUCACGGAUGGAGUAUCAGCCAUGGUGGACGACUCGUUCAAUAAGUGCUUCACUAGCUUGAGACCGGAGCCGUGGAAUUGGAACAUCUACCUCUUCCCGAUCUGGGUAGCGGGCCUCAUCCUCAGGUUCCUGGUGUUGUUCCCGGUUCGCGCCUCGCUGCUGUUCAUCGGCUUCAACUCGCUGGUGGGCAUGUUCCUGCUGGUGGAUGUGGCGGUGGCGCCCAGCCGCCGCAAGAUGGCGCUGCAGCGGAAGCUGGUGCAGUGGAUGUGCUGCGCGUGGGUGGCGGCGUGGCACGGGGUCAUCAGGUACCACGGCCCCAAGCCCACCCCCGGCCCCAACCGCAUCUGGGUGUCCAACCACACCUCCAUGAUCGACUACGUGGUGCUCUGCAGCUACAGCCCCUUCGCAGUCAUCAUGCAGCUGCACCACGGCUGGAUCGCAUUCCUGCAGAAGCGCAUCCUGUCCUCGCUGGGCUGCCUGUGGUUUAACAGGACUGAGGUGAACGACCGCGCCGUGGUGGCUGCGCGCAUGAAGGAACACGUCAACAAGCAGGACGCCAUCCCGCUGCUCAUCUUCCCCGAGGGCACCUGCGUCAACAACGAGUACACCGUCAUGUUCAAGCGGGGUGCAUUCGACAUAGGAGCAACGGUGUGCCCGGUUGCCAUCAAGUACAACAAGAUCUUCGUGGACGCCUUCUGGAACAGCCGCCGCGAGUCCUUCGGCAAGCACCUCUUCCGGCUCAUGACCUCCUGGGCGCUGGUGUGCGACGUGUACUUCCUGGAGCCGCAGAGCAUACAGCCGGGCGAGACGCCUCAGGAGUUCGCGGGCCGCGUGCAGGCCAUGAUCGCGCGCUACGCCAACCUGCGCAUCGUGCCCUGGGACGGCUACCUCAAAUACUACAACCUGGGAGAGAAGAAUCCGGGGCUUAUCGAGAAGCGGCGGCGGGUGCUGGCGGAUGUGCUGCGGGGCUACCUGGGCAGGCCGGCUUCGGAGGCAGGGGCGGCGGAGAAGAAGGCGGGGGGCGGUGGGGCAGCGCGGGAGGUGAAUGGGGAGCAGAAGGGGCCGGCGGAGAAGAAAGAGCAGUGAGAGAGGGAGAGAGGGGAAAGUGGGUUUCGGCAAGUGUGUUGCAUCGCGACCGGCUUGGGAUGAAACUGGAAGAGGUGGAGGAGGAGGUGGGAUUGCGGCGAAAGCGGGUGGUGACGAGGAGGAUGCAGGGUUGGAUGCGGUGAGGAGAGCAGUUUAGAACACUACAAGGUGCGGCCUCGGGGAACCACCCCAGGCUCUGUUGGGGCCUGGGGUUGUUCCCCGAGCUACCGGGGGGCAGCGGGCUGGAGGUAAUGUCAUAAGAUACAUUGCAGGGUUGCAGUUGCCUUGUGCUUGUGCGAAGGAAAUGGCGGGUACCGUUGCCCCCCGAGAACGCCGUUUCCAAUGCUGCCUGGGGAGCCUUCAUGGUGAGGCAGGAACUAACAAGCAAUAAUAUUUGCUGCCUUUGCUGGUAGCGGGUGUUGUGCAACAUCGCUUGGCUGCAGGUGGUUACGGGCUGUUGUGCGCAUGUGCCGCGGGUGGUUGGUUUUCGUACAGCGCUGUUGGUGACUGCUGCACUGCGACGACAAGGAGGAGAGAUCCCUGGUGGGUGUGCUGUUUAGCUGUGCGGGUAAUAAGUGUUCGGGCGGGUAAUAAGUGGUGUGGGGGUAAGGGUGAUAUGGAUGCCAACAUGUGCCUCGGUGUGCUCCGUUUUCCACCUCACCCUGUACCCCAAGGUUUGGCACGAUGCCCCCAAGGAUGCUGUCAGUGCUGGCGAGUAUAGGAGAGCGCGUUGCAGGGCAAUGCCAUGUGCGCCGGCGGGGUUGCGAAUCCGUCAAUCCGUUGUCCUCGCAACGUGCUUGCAAACAUAUUUACGAUGGAUGGAACAAAUGUGCAGGGAGGGUCAGCAGGUGCCUUGCCUGGCGGUUUAUCGGCGGGCGAAAAAGCUACGGGGCCUGAUCAGUGUUGGGAGCUGUGCGACCUGCAGAGGAGCAGUAGGGAGCGGCCAGGAGGGAGGGGCGAGGUGCAGGUGGCUGGGGUGGCGCUGCCGUGGGGGUGUACGUGUGACACACGAGGCGGUUAUAGCCGCCGCUUCUGGGGCCGCGGUGGGACUUUGAUGGGGCUACGUUGCACUACUGCCCAGUUCUCUACUGCCCAGUUCUCUCCUGGAGCAGCAGCAGGGUGAUAAGAAAACUGGUCGACAGGAGGCGCGUACGGCAGGGUGAUGCGCGCUUUGCUGUGUACGGCUUCUCUCCCCGUACUUGCUUGUAACGGAAGUGUAGGGAACACGUUCGUUCGCCUUGUUUUGCAUAGCCUGCAAAUGUGCGGCUGCUGCUUCUCGCGUAUACGGUUAGGGAGAUCUGGGUGCGCAUGCUUGGGCUGUGGGCUACACACGUGGAUUGGUUGUUGGGAAGUACCUUGCG